ACGUCCCCUUUGAGUAACUCUUGACUUGAAGAAAUAAUAAAAAGUCAAAUAGCAAAGGGGGUUUUGAGCUCGUCUUUCUCCGACCGAAGCCUUUGCCGCCGGACCGUCUACCGAUCUCCGGCAGCGUCGCCAUUGCCGCUCGUCAGCAUCUCUUUCGCCCCUAACAUCCUCUCGAUCGCCGUCAGGAACCUCCCACCGGACCGAAGCUCCCCAGCAUUGCGAGUCAGUAGCCGCUUCCUACUGUACAUUCAGGCACACUAUCACUCUCCUCUCCUCUCCUCUCCUCUCCUAUCUCCGUCCUCGAGGAGAUGUAAGUCUCUCGUGCUCCGAUUAGCUCCUCCGGAUCAUUGUCGUCUCGGGUUAUCUCGACCGAUUCCGCUCUUCUCGUCGGAAUGACAUCUCUUUGCGCAUAAUUUUUCAUUUUCCGGUCUCCUUAUGCUUCAGAUAACGACGAUUGCAACAGAGUCACCUCUAUCUUGAGCUUCUUCAUCUCAAGCUUCUGUCUCUUCAGCCUUCUGCCAGCCUGCAUCUUGAAAAAGAUGUCUUCGUUGACACGGAAAAGAUCCAGUGCUGCCACCGACUAUUCCGACCCAUUUGCCAUUGGACACAUGUUGCAUGAGCUGGAUUGGGGCAAAUAUGGUAGUGUCACCAAGGACAUAGAAGCGCUGAUUGCCAGAAAGAUACAGCGCUUAGGACCUUUGAUGAUGAUGCAUCCGAACCCUCCAAAGCCUUCGGUCGGUUCAGAGUCAAGCCCGGAUUACGACGACUUACAAACCCCCUCUCAUGGGGGACGGAAGAAUGCCGUUGAUUUGGAGGAGAAGGGAGCAAUUAAUGAUGCUUCAGCAGCAGUACAAACUGUUCUGAUUCUGGAUUCAGAUGAGGAGGAUGAGAAGGAUUUGAAGCCUUCAUAUCCUUUUGAGGAGAUCUUAUUGCCGAAACCCAUCGGGCUAGUUCUCACUGGGGAGAAUAGGGGUAAAGAUCGCAGGAGAUUGCCUCGAGAAGAAGGUGAAAGUGAACGGAAAAAAGACACGGGUGAAUAUGUAGGCGUGGAGGACGAUGGAGAUGAAUUGCUUGAAGAUGAUGGAUUUGGUGAUAUUUGGAAGGAGAUGAAUAUGGCUCUAGAAAUCUCAAAGGAUGUUGCUGAAGAUUCUUCACAUGAUGAUUAUAUGAGUGAAGAUGAGGAAGAAGAUGAGGAAGAGGAUGAGCAAUGUGAUCAUUCUUUUGUCUUGAAGGAUGAUAUAGGUUAUGUUUGCCGUGUUUGUGGGGUCAUAGAUAGAAGAAUCGAAACCAUAGUUGAGAUCCAGUACCAUAAGGCUAAGAGGAGCACGCGAACCUACAUCUCUGAUUCUCGAAGUGUCAAAGACCGCGAUCUUAGUGGUAUAUUUGGAGUCAAGCUUUCCGUGAAUGAGCUGGAAGUCACCGAUAUAGCUGCUCACCCGAGACACAUGAAGCAGAUGAAGCCUCACCAGGUGGAGGGCUUCAACUUUCUAGUAAGCAACUUGGUGAGUGAGAAUCCUGGUGGCUGCAUUUUGGCCCAUGCUCCUGGUUCAGGGAAGACUUUCAUGAUAAUCAGCUUCAUGCAGAGCUUUCUGGCCAAGUACCCAGAUGCUAGACCUCUUGUUGUGCUCCCAAAGGGUAUCCUAGCUACGUGGAAGAAGGAGUUCCAGACAUGGCAAGUGGAGGACCUCCCUCUUUUAGAUUUCUACACGAAGAAAGCCGAUAAGCGUUUUCAACAGCUGGACAUUCUGAAACAGUGGGAUGAGCAGAAGAGCAUCCUCUUCCUUGGCUACAAGCAGUUUUCAACCAUUGUCUGUGAUUCUGGGAUCAGUGACACCUCCAAAUGCUGCCAAAAGAUUCUUCUUGAAAGGCCCACGAUUCUCAUCCUCGACGAAGGGCACACUCCUCGUAAUGAGAACACAGAUGUGUUGCAAUCCCUCGCGAAGGUCCAGACCAAGAGGAAGGUUGUGCUCUCUGGGACCCUCUACCAGAACCAUGUGAAGGAGGUAUUCAACAUACUGAACCUCGUCCGUCCAAAGUUUCUUAGGAUGGACAGCUCCAAGGCAAUUGUCAGGCGAAUAAUGAGCAGGGUGGACAUGCAAGGGCGCGGAGCGAUGAGGAAGCAGUCCAAGACAGGGGCUGAUGCUGCAUUCUAUGAUUUAGUGGAGCACACACUCCAGAAGGAUAUGGACUUGGAUCGAAAGGCGACAGUGAUACAGGAUCUCCGUGAGAUGACAAAAAAGGUCCUCCACUACUACAAGGGAGAUUUCCUGGAUGAACUGCCUGGACUCGUGGACUUCACUGUGGUCCUCAACCUCAGCGGGCUACAGAAGCAGGAGGUAAAGAAGCUCAAGCAGUUGGCCCGAAAGUUCAAGAUAACAGCCCAGGGGAGUGCAGUAUACCUGCACCCUGCCCUCCACUCAGCCGAUGAUACUUCUGUGAGGAGUGAUGCCGAGAUGGACGAGCUUUUAGGGAAGAUCAAUGUGAGGCAGGGUGUCAAGGCUAAGUUCUUCUUGAGUAUGCUUAAGCUGUGCGAGUCUGCUGGAGAGAAGCUCCUCGUGUUCAGUCAAUACCUCACACCUCUGAAGUUCUUGGAGAGAUUGGUGGUAAAAGAGAGAGGGUGGUGCUUGGGGAAGGAAGUCUUUGUGAUAUCCGGGGAAACGAAUGCUGAGCUCCGAGAAUGGUCAAUGGAACGAUUCAACAAUUCUCCCGAUGCCAGAGUCUUCUUUGGCUCCAUCAAGGCUUGUGGAGAGGGGAUUUCUUUGGUUGGAGCUUCGCGAAUUAUUAUUCUUGAUGUUCACCUCAACCCUUCGGUGACCCGCCAAGCUAUAGGCCGAGCUUUCCGGCCUGGGCAAAAGAAGAAGGUCUAUGCCUAUAGACUAGUCGCAGCUGAUUCACCCGAGGAGGACGACCACAGCACAUGCUUCAAGAAGGAGAAGAUCUCAAAGAUGUGGUUUGAGUGGAAUGAGCAUUGCGGGUCUCGAGAGUUCGAGGUUGACCCUGUUGAGGUGGCUGAGUGCGGCGACGAAUUCCUCGAGAUCCCGAUGCUGAGGGAAGAUGUGAAAGCUUUGUACAAAAGGUGAGCUUCCGGAGUCAAAACAGUUCGCACCCUUCUUGAUAAUCAACCUUUUACCGGCUCGUUUUCCUUCAGACUCUACGAAUUUUUACUGGUUUGUAGUGAUAACUGGAUCAGCUUACAAUGGCUUCUUGAAAUGUAAGAUUCUGGCUCUCCUUUUAGAUGUUCGGCCACAAACUGUUAUUGUGCUCCCUUGGUAUCGCCAAUCCCCAGCUGUUAUCGUCAUUUUGGUCAUCUUCUAAUAUCGUACUGUACAUAUCGUAUUAAGACAGUUGUUGGCUUCCCUUCUGGACAGUGUACAGUUGAACAGCAACAUGGAUGGAAGAUGGAAGUCGAAAUUCUGCUGAAAA